AUGGCGUCGACAGCGCUCUCGGAGACUCUCUUCACUAUUCCUGAUAAUUUAUCUGUCUCCCAGUUUAUGUUGGACUACCAACAUCCUUUACGACCCCAACGAGGUGAUACACCAUGUUUUACAGACGAUGAUUCAGGUCAGAUCGUCAGCUUCGACCAAGUGAAGCUCCGUACUCAACUAUUGGCUGCCGCAUUGAAUACCAGGUAUAACGUUUACUACGCUGUUGCGACUUGGUCGGUCCAUCAGAUCGGUGGUGUUGUCACUCCGGCCAACCCUGGCUUGACGCCGGACGAACUAUGUUAUCAGCUUCAGAUCACCAAAGCUUCUUUCAUCAUAGUCCAUUCAGCUGCGGUAAUUACCGCACAAACGGCUGCUCGGAAAUUCAAGUUUCCCCCGACACGAAUCAUCUUACUCGAUGAUUGUGAACAUUAUGACUUAUACAGUGUCCCUGAACUAAUAUCGGAGGCCCUGGCUAAUCACUACUCGUUUUCUCCGAAGGCAUUGAGGCCAGGGGAGGGAAUUACUAAAUUGGCUCUAUUAAUGCUCAGUAGUGGAACGACCGGAAAGCCAAAGGCUGUUAAAAUCCCACACCGCGCUAUCAUUGCUAAUUUAGUUCAGCUAGCAAUACAUCACCAGGUGUACAAGUAUCCUAUAGGACAACGCCGGGGAUUCAGGUGUGGGGAUACUUUACUUGGAGUGCUACCUUUCUUUCAUGUCGCCGGUUUUCUUCUAUCUAUGCAUUUCUCAGUGUUUUGUGGGAUGUCCGUAAUCGUUGUUGGCCGAUACGAUUUCGUCAAUAUGCUGCGAAGUAUCGUUCGCUAUCGAAUAACUGAUUUAGUAAUUGUUCCCCCGCAAGCUGUUGCACUAUGCAAGCAUUCAGCGGCGAAAUCUUACGACAUGUCGACUGUAAAAUGUGUAAUCGUUGGUGCUGCUCCCAUGACCAAGGAGGUUAACGCCCUUCUUUUCGACAUAUUUCCCUUUGCUCAAAUCGGGCAGGCAUAUGGUACCACCGAGACACCUGCCGUGCUUGCCAAUGUCUCUUUUGAGCAGCAGAGAGGUCCAGUCGGGAGCGCGGGAAAGCUUCUACCAGGUGUUGAAGCGCGCGUCGUGAAAUUCGACGGUACUUUUGCACGCCCUGGAGAGCCCGGAGAACUGGAAGUCCGAUGCCCUAAUAUGUCUCUCGGUUAUCUGGACAACGAAGAAGCCACUCUGGAAACCUUCCGUGAUGGAUGGCUACGUACAGGUGACGAAGUUAUAUUAACGAAGGACCGAGAGGUCUUUAUCGUUGACCGCAUAAAGGAAUUCAUCAAAGUAAAUGGUUAUCAAGUCGCGCCUGCGGAGCUGGAAGGCUGUCUAUUAGACCAUCCAGAUGUGAUUGAAUCGUGUGUCAUUGGUGUCCCUCAUGAUUACUGUGGAGAAGUUCCGUUGGCCUUUGUUGCGUUGUCGUCGGAUGCGAACAAGCUUAUUCGACAGAAUCCAUCUGCCUCCAGAGCUAUCAAGCAAUCUAUACUACAGCAUGUCGCCUCAAAUAAGGUCAACUACAAGCACCUCAAGGGCGGAGUUGAGUUUAUUUCGGAGAUACCAAAGAAUCCUAGCGGAAAGCUGCUCAGACGUGUGUUGCGUCAGUAUGCUAAGUCGCUGAGAAAAAGGGAAGCCAAGAUGUAA